AUGAAAUCCACCGUCGAUUUCGUCGUCUCAACUGUCGGAUUCACAGCUAUCGAGUUUCGCCGCGUCGUGGGUAUGUGCCCUGAUGUUUUAUGCUCACGGGUCUCGGACGUCGUACCAGUAUUCACCUUCCUCACACGCAAGGUCCGUGUCAACAGCUCCGAUCUCAAAAGGGUUAUCAACCGACGGCCCAGAUUGCUCGGUUGUAGUGUCAAGAACAGGCUCAGACCCACUCUAUACUUUCUCCAGAGCAUUGGAAUAGCCGAGGUGAACAAACACACUGACUUGCUUUCCUGUUCCGUUGAGGAAAAAUUCUUGCCCAGAAUCGAGUAUUUGGAGAAGAUUGGGUUUUCUCACCGUGAAGCGGUGUCCAUGUUUAGGAGGUUUCCUCAGCUGUUUUGUUACAGUAUUAAAGAGAAUUUUGAACCCAAAUUUGAUUACUUUGUGGUUGAAAUGGGGAGAGAGUUGAGGGAGUUGAAGGAGUUUCCACAGUACUUCUCUUUCAGCUUGGAUAAGAGGAUUAAGCCUAGACACCAGAGUUGUGUAGAGAAAGGUGUUCGCCUUCGAUUUUGA